AGGCGAUGUGGCAAUCAUUUCUGAAGGUGCUGGCCAUCUCGUAGGGGUACUCUCGCUUCCUUUGUAAAUCAUUUUGUCACCAUCCCAUGCUUUCCUCACCAGUGCAUGCGACCCAGUCACAGAGAAGGCCCAGUCUUGGCGACGUUCUCUCCAACGUUUUCAAGCGACGAGGAAAUCAUGAGGUUGAAGCUGAACCAGCGAGAGUCGAGUCGGCGUAUCCCGCAACCCCAAUUCGGCGUGAUCGACGACCAAGUUUGAGCUCAGUGACAGGUAAAGAGCCUCGGAGUAAUGCAGUUAGCCAAGGUUCCCGCCAAGCGCCUCCAAGGGAGCGGCAAGUUCGACACCGAAGGCAUCGUCCCCGUGCACUGGAACCCGACCCGUUGGACCUCCCUGACAUGGUCGAAGACUUCCUUGCAAUAUUGGACGAAGAUGAGAUAGCACAGGAACCUUAUCUGCGAGGUUAUUUUACCGCCUUGCUGUCCCGAUACGCUCGGUGGCAGGCGCGAGGGCGGUCUAAAGCCGCUUGUUUUGAAGCGGCGUGUUUGGGAGGAGCUCGAUAUUUAGAAGAGAUUGGCAGGGCGCCCUCAGAUCGUACAAAUGCGCUUGAUGCCGCGCUGGCAAGAGCAUUAGCAGGUCUCGUUGUGGAUGCAGUAGAGCCGGAAAUGGCUAUGGAGUGGGACGGGCCGGUUCGGGAGAAGGCAGUAGCCAUAGUCACUGACGAGUUUCUGGCGAAAGCGCCGCAUGAGCGAGUUGCGGGACCAGCCAAACGGAGGGUUACAAAGAGUAAGAGCGGCUACGGUGGCGUUCAUAAUGUGGCUCUGCAUGUUGUUCCAGAUUGGGAGAAUGACGAUGUGCCACCACUGCAGUACGACAUGGGCCGACGCGGGAGCGAUGCUAGUAUGCAAGAGUUCCCGCCAAGAAAAGGAAGUGUCGACAAAGUGCAGAAUCUCCGAAGAACCAGCCGGGAAAAUGCGCAUGACCAUGCAAGGUCAGAUGGCUUAGAACGGUUAUCGCGUGUGCGCAAGUUGAGUCGGGAGGAGACACAAGAAGGCGCGCGCCGCUUGCGCCCUGGUAGCGUGGAAAGAAUUGCGAAUGGAGAAGAGGGGGAAUACUAUCCUCGCCGAUCCAGCAGCCUGGAACGUGGUCCCGUUACACGGUACCGGAAGGGGAGCAUAGAUGGCGACCUGCAAACUCCUGGACGUAAGUCGAGCCGUGACGAAACUACCGUGACCUACUUGUCCGAUGCAGUGCCCAUUCGAAACGUUACGCGACGAGGAAGUAGGGACGAAGGCCCUCCUCCUCCCGCCGUUCGAAGCACAACCAGGAACAUACCCUGGGAGCCCAUUGCCGAGGAUCCCUCAUCUUUCAGCGUCGCACCUUCUUCGCCAAUUCCCCCACGUCAUGACAGUCGGGUUGCCAUGAAAUUGCAGCAACAGGCACUAAAACCUGGGCAAGUAGCGUCGCCGCAGCAGCGACGAGGAUCGGAAUCAUCCCGUGGUGAAUCUUUAGGAUGGAACGUUGCGGAGCGAGGGUAUGUCCGCAAACGAUAGUGACAUUCGCGAAUCCCAAGUUUUUCCGCAUUGUAUAUUUGAAACAUUAUUUUGGGAAAUCAGACUUUGGUCAAAAGCCAGUAUAUAGUGUAGAGGUGACAGAAAUUGGCACUAGCUACUACACCAGGGAAUAAACCAGCGACAACUGGUUCGGAAAAGCCAAGUAAUUCCCUCCUUACAACCAACCAACUACUACUAGGCCCAAUUACACAUGCAAUACAUUACGGUUGUUCUAACGGGGUAACUAAGUUCACCACACGAGAGAAAUCCUACUAAGCCCUUGAUUCCGAAAUUCUUUAGUCGGAGGAUGUUCAGAUACUAAGGUAAAUGGGAAUUAGACUGGGUAAUUUGCGCGUGGGAAAAAUCAUAUGGAUAUACCUGCGAUCGUAGCAAUAUAGUAGUAGCAGCGUUGCAAG